CGGCCAGCCAAUCAGCGCACACGAUGGGCGACGAGAGCGAGGGGCGUGCGAGGCGAGCGAUCUCUCUCUUCUUCUCCCUCCUUUCUCCCUCUUUUCCGAAGGCCCGAGACUGAGAACGAGAGAAAAAGGAAAGAGAAAGGAGAAAUAAAGAGAGACAAGAGAAAUAAGAGGACGGAAGCACCCCCCAAAGGGCCCUUUUGGUGGGGGGGGAAGGAGACGGGAGGCCAGCGACGCCUUCGGGACGAGGAUGGUGGAGCACGCCGCCCCCCCCGCACGCCCACACGGUCGCUGGCAGCAUGGAGGUCGUGCACGAGGGGAUGCUCAAGAAGUCGCCGCCGCCCAAGAGGCUCUGGCGGGCGAAAUGGCGAAUGCGAUGGUUCGUACUGCGUUCUGGGGAGCUCCCAGGGCAGUACUUCCUGGAGUAUUACACAGAUCGGACUUGCCGAAAAUUGAAGGGCAAAAUCGACCUAGACCAGUGUGACCAGGUUGAUGCUGGUAUAGUCUUUCCUAAUCGGAAAUCAGAAUACAGAUUCAUGUUUGACAUCAAGACCCCAAAGAGAAUCUACUACUUAUGUGCAGAGACAGAGCAGGAGAUGAACCGAUGGGUGGACUGUGUGUGUCAAGUAUGUGGCCUGAAGAUGUAUCCACAGCAGGAGGAUUACCCAUUACCAGCCUUGGAACCUCUUCCAGGCAACACCAUCCCUGCAACACCCCCUGCUCCCGUCCGCGUCCUGCCCCUGGACCAACCUCGGAUAGACUCGCCACCAAUCUCACCCACGUCUCAGAGCUCUUCCAUAUCUGGGCCGUACAUUCCCAUAAGCGAAUGUAUCACCGGGAAGAGAACCCCAAUUACUAGCCCCAGUUUCCCCUUCAGUGAUGACCUGCCCACCAUUGUGUCCACAGAGAAUCAUCGCUCUAGCAUACCAAAUGAGAUUGCUCCGCCAGCACCAACCAUGUGUCCCGACAGUCAUCCACCUCUGACACAGGCACCGCCAGCUCCCAUGAUCAACACGGGGGCAAUACCACGAGAACCGUACGAUGGCCAACGAACAUUAAGGCCAUCGGGGGCAACCUCUGAGGAUACCCUGAGUGUCCAGUCACCAUUGGGAACGGAGGGAAGUAGUGUAUUCAGUGAUGACGAGUGGGCUAACACUCCUUCCACAGUAGAAGCAACAUUUUUUAGUGACUCGGCUAGACCUACUGGAGGUAUGCCGAAUCCAAAGGAUUUACCCUGGGACAGCCAUGGAGCAACUGGGGGACUAGCAGGAAGCAGUGGUGUUGCCAGUUUAUCAAGUGAAAUGAAAGGUAUGGUAAUCUCUGAAGAUGACCAGCACCAGGGUUCAGCUCCCCCAAGGCCCCCAAAGCCAGCACAUUUAACCGAGAUGCCUCAGCAGACCUAUCAGAACUUGGACACUAUUGUUAGAACAACUCUGAUUAGAAAGAACAGUUCAAAUGAUAAAGUAAAGAAUGGCUUGGCUGGAUCACUGUCUUCACAUGAUGGUAACAUUGGAUCUUCUGACCCAGAGCCUUCCCCAGCUUCAGUCAGCAGUUCUGUGCCUCCGUCCACUCCGCUUGACACUGAAGAUAUGCACUCUGCCUUGAGGAUGACACAGCAAGAGACUGUGAGUCCACAGGCUGCAGAUAGGCUGAAGCAAAGACACUGUUACAAUAACUUUGUUUCGCCCUCUGUCCAAGGUCAGAUAUUUUCUUACGACAUGCGUAUUCAUGACACAGUUGAAAAGCACGGGGAGCUGGAUCCAAGGAUCUCACCUGCUGGCCUUUACUCUAACAUCCCCCAGGCCAACAAAAGCCCGCAACAUCCCCCGGCAGUUGAUCGUGGGCUUAAGCCAAGGAAAGCUGCUGAUGGAAGUAGUAUUAGUUCAGAGCUGUCACCACCUCCAUCUGGUGGCCCCCAGGAAAUGCUGGGCGCUGUGGGUGGAUCACCAGUGCCACCUGCAUCAGCACCGCCCAUGGUAGACAGAAAUUUAAAGCCCACAAAGAAUAUACCUGAUGCGGGAAGCAAACCCUUGUUUGUUCUUGACCCAGCCCCAGUCGGCCACAGAAAGCACGAUCAAAGAAAGCCAAGAGCUGCGCCUUCUCCAACUCCUCCGACUAUGCGCAAUGGAUGUAAUGGGAAUGAGAGUGGUGACGAAGCCGAUAGACUUUCUAGUCCAGGCAGCAGACGCAACUCAACCAAUGCAGACGAGCAGAUUUUCUUUCCCUUGCAGAGUGCACGCCGUUCUCAACAUGAAAUCCAGUAUUUAGACUUGGACCUACAUCCAGAAGCCAAGCACAGUCCUAAAUCCAUCAAGGCAAGUACGCUGAAGAAUUGUGCCGGGGCUUCUGCUCCCUCAGUAGUGUACAAGACGGUCGACUUUGUAAAGACGGAAGCCUUCAACAAGAUGAGGAUCAACGUGGAAGACUCCUAUCGUAAGAACCAGUGAUCAGCUGACGGUCGUAAUAGAGAGUGCGAGUUGACUAUGGCAGUGCACAAAACGCAUAGACAAAAGGAAAAAAGCUGGCUCGGACUGCAGUUUGAGGUGAAAUGAUGCGAAGUCAUGUUCUAGGUACCAAAGCAGCUUUCUUUGGGUGGCCUUGUGAAUAUCCUUGAGAGCUUUAGGACAGCCACUAACUAGCACAGCACAAUCUGCUUGGUCCAGCUGCUUUAGGAAAAUGGCAAAUAGCAGUUUUGAACAACUUCCUUUGAUAAACAGUUGUUAUUAUACAAUAGUAAUUUAUAUGUCGAAGUUGUUGAUGAUUUACAAUCAUUAUUAAUAAGACGAAUACUGUCACACAGUUAAGUGCAAAGUGUUAUAUGUCAGUAAUAAGUAUAAAAUGGACAGAGUGUAUAUUAUGGGUUCAGGUAUGUACCUCUGUCCAAAUGGACCACAACAAUCACCAAAGCUGAAGUGUCAAUGCACAAUGUUGCAUAAAUAAGUGUUUUGGGUCCAAGACAAAGUAUUUAAGUAAACUAUAUUCUUGACUAUUCCCUUCUUAUAUUAUGCAUGGGAUAUCAAAAACUGUGAUGGAUCUACAAAAUUUACAGGUCUGAUAGAAUACCACAACCCCAUAGAUAUAGCAGUGUUUCUAUUUGACUCUCAUAUUGAUCUUUUUCGAGAAAUAGGGUUGGCUCCCAAUUGUAUUAUUCUCCUGAUUGAUUCUGAUUAUCAUUAUGAUUAUGUGACAGUGUCGCAGCUUUUAGUGGGGGAGGAUGGACGAGAAGUGAUUAGACGUGUUCUUUAACUUUAAAAUCAUAUCAUAGUAGUAUUUUAAUUUUGAGAUGGGGAUGUGAGUGUUCAUCUAGACCUUGUUAUUGCAUCCUUGAAUUUGUGUAUAGAAUUGAUUUUGACCAGAAGUUAAGCCAAUCACCCUUGGUUUUAACUCAACUUUACUCCUAAGUAGCAGCUCAGAUAUGGAACUGAGAUUGAAAUCUUAAGUUCAGCACAAAAAUGCAUGAAUUUUUUUUUAUAUUGGCUUGCUUCUCCCUGGUUCAUCUGUUUUAUCAAGGACAAUUUUUAAUGUGUCCCAAAAAACAGCCCUUAUGUACAAUCAAAAUAUCAUUUGAGUGAGCAGGUCUGCUUAGAUUUGUGGUCUGACAUCAAAUGAGUCUGAAGCUGCCGGAUGAAUUUUCUAGUUGAUUAGCUCACCAACAGUACUAGGGUGAAGUGAACUGGAUGUGUGGUUCCAAAGCUAUGGUUGAUGAAAUGUUAAGAAAUGUAGGAAUUUUUGAAGCGAGUCUUGAGGAAGAAAAGAAGAGAGCUUUAUUUUACAUAUAGAAAUACUGAAUUAGUGUAUGGUCAGAGUCAGAUUCUACGUAAAGACCAUUGUCAGCAUGAUCACCCAGUACUGAUAUCUUCUCAAUAAAUUCAGUUCGCAGAUUAGUUAUAAAGAUGUACAGUAACAUACACUAAAGGAUGGGAUAAUGCACAUUAUUAAUUAUGGUAUCAGAAUUUGUUGAAAUCCCAUCAUUGAAGAAAAAAAAAAAACUAGCUGCAGCUCUUUCGGCACCUUCUCCACACAAUGGUGCCGUGCAGCUUCUGUCACAUUUAGUGAUGUCAGGUCACAUUUAACCUUGAGCAUUAAUUAGGCCUUUUUGUAAGUGUAAUAUUUGGUCUCUGGUAAUUGACAUAGAAAUAAACAACCAAUGUGUCUGAUGGGUGGCCUUUGGCAAGAGCUUUCAGAUGCUGGGUCACUGUUACUGUUUAGUCCAUGGAAGCUAAACAUUUUUAUUUUUGUGCAUGAGAACUUGUAUAAAGUGUGUUGGUUCCUGGGCCUGUGCUCAAAAGAAUUGGGUUAGUUAUCUGAUGGUAAAAUGGCCAGACCAUGUUCAUGCCAUCUUUUUGUACAGGUAUUUUAACAUAGCUUAUUUUGUUGGCUUUAAGGAGAAUAUUUAAAAAAAGAUAUCCCUCACCGUCCUUGCUAUACUGUCUUUCUCAACUCGUAUACCAGUCUGGUAACUUGUGAUUUGUACAGAAAAAUUCAUUACCCAAACCUACUUUUUCAGUGCUGCCUACAGUGCAUUCACUCAAGGGAACUCCCAGAGUUUGUAUUGAUGACUGAUCCACGUGUGGCCUGAUGAAGGAUGCCUUCUUUCUCUUUAAGUGUAUUACAUAUCUAAUAUAUCUAAUGUGGCUUGUGUGCGGCUGUGGAGUAGUUGUCUGGCAUCCCUUUGUGUAGUUGCCAGUGGGAGUAAACUUACUGUAUGUACCUUUCAAGAUCAAUGGGAUUUUUAAAAUCUCUUUUGAUCAGCAAUGACCUCACACUUUGCCUUAAAAAAACCUGUGAGUUUAGUGUAGAUAUGCAUAACUUGAUUUAUAGCAUAGUCUGUUAUUUCUUUCUGCCCUAUCUUCACUUGUGGACCAGUAGGUGUUGCCCCUCAUAGCUAGUGCUAUAGGGGUGUGGACUUGCUCGGACAGUUAUGUCAUAAGAGGCUACUGACCUUCCACCAUUGGGUGAUAUAAUAUGAAUAAAAAAAAAAAUUCUAGUGGUGUUAAGGAUAAUAGCACUCUGGGACCUUACUAUUUGUCUUCAGAAGGGGGUAUUUAGAAGCUGGUUGAUGUUGAAGGCUGACCAACUUUCUGUUACACUCUCACUAGCAGAUGAUCGGUGGAGGCCAAGUGUGCAUCACUGUAAAAUACAGUGACAUGUGCCCAUUAAGAGUCUUUGUGACUGUUACAAAGACUGCAAUGAGGACUUGGCAGUGGUGUGAUGGCUACGUUCUGCCUCAACCUCUCAGGUGUUUUUUUGUGUUUCAUGUCCGUUAGUACAAGAAACUUGCUUUUGUCCUCUCACUCUUCCUUGGUCACAUCGACUGUAAAUCCGGUACGGUUCUUUCAUUCUCGGAUUUCUUCUCUGUAUCCUCUUAUUUUUCCAGUUUCUUUUGUUUUCUCUGUUUUUCCCUCUUCACUGGUUUUCUGUAAGAGGAUGGUUUGGAUCGGCCUCCUCUCUCUUCAUCACAUGAUUAAGAUUGUUCUUUGUAUUUCUAAAUUCCUCAGACUUUUGUUAGUUUUUUAUUAUUACAACUUUUUUUUUUUUUUUUGAUUGACUGACAAGAUUGGUGUGGUAAAAUUGCAUAGAACUUGUAGAGAGGAAGGGAGGGUGAGUCGGGUGUUUGUGGGUGAGUGUUUCCUUGAGAGAGUCGGCCAAAAAAGUAUCCUGAGCAUGACAUGGUCUUUGCAGAUUAGAAAGGUCAUCUUGCUCUGUUUGUGAGAGAGGUGUAUCAAAAGUUGGCAGUGCCUUUCCGUUGUUCGAUUUUGUGAAGGAUAACUGAUUGAUAGGAUUGAUAUUGCUGCUACUGUUUUUGCUGCAAUUGUCUUUGACAUUUAUAAUUAUCAUUGUUAUGAGCUAUGACAGCAGUUGACAUCAUUAAUAUACUUUUUUUUUUAAGUCAUAUUCAUCAAUAUUGCAAGCAUUAUUUGAUUUUUGAUACUUUUCUAUUUUUACAACUAUUUUGAUAAUUAUAUUUGUGUCAUUGUUUAUCACCCACACUCUAGAACUCGGUAUAUUGUGUUUAUCCUGUCAUUACUCUUCCCACACGUGUGGGUUGAUAACAGCCAGAUACAUAAUAUUUGUCUUGUGUAAUGGUAUUUUUACACAAAAGUUACACUUACCAACAGUUGGUGUAGGUGGAAAUUAACCCUUGUUAGAAUUUGGUUUUGAAGAUAUACAAAUGUAUUGUACAGAUAACAGUGUGUUCAUUGAAUUUUGUUUGACCAGGAGUGUUGACAAGUGCAAUGUAUAUAGGAUGACCCACUGCUUAUGUCUUGAGACUUUUUGUAUUUCUUGGCAUAGAUUUCUUUCUGUUUGUGUAUAAAGUAGAGAUGUAGAGUGUCUCCUUUUGUAAUGCAGGGAAAUAGGAAUGCCAUAUCACCUGCAUGGAGAUAUCAAUCAAGAAAGGUUUUGUUUAUGAAUAUCUAGAUAGAAGAUGUUUAUUUGACAUGUAUAGUCGUUAUAGCAGUGUGGACAUAAAGCAUUUUAAGUGUUACCAAAAUAAGUAUAGGAAGACAAAGGAAAUACCAUUGACAUCAUUGAGACAUGGGAGUACCUUUUGUCCUUGGUCUAGCUCAGACUUCGAACUUGGUGAUAAUUUAAGUGAAGUUGAGGUUUGCGAACCAAUCUUCUCUAUCUGUGAUUACGCUGACGAAGCUAGCAUAGGUAGGUCUUGCAGGAGGAAGGCUCUUGCUCUGUAUAAAAAAAAAAAUAAAAAAAUGUACAUAUAUAGUAAUGGAAAGCUUGGGGUUAAUCUUCACACCAGUGGCUUUUUCUCACACCAUGUCCAGGACCUUCAUGCCUUAGGGGAAACUUUGCGCACUUGUUUGUUUCUUUGCAAACGUGCGCACACAUUCAAAGAAAGUGUACAUACAUGCUUACACACUCAUACAUGCUUACACACGUACAAUCAUGCUUACACAAACACAAACAUAUUUUUAAACACACACACACACACACACACACACACACACACACACACACACACACACACACACACACACACACACACACACACACACACACACACACACACACAUAUACACACACACACACACACACACAUAUACACACACACACACACACACAUAUACACACACACACACACACACAUAUACACACACACACACAUAUACACACACACACACACAUAUACACACACACACACACAUAUAAACACACACACAUAUACACACAUAUACACACACACACAUACACACAUAUACACACAUAUACACACACACAUAUACACACAUAUACACACAUAUACACACACACAUAUACACACACACACACACAUACGCACACAUAUAUACACACACACACACACACAUACACACACACAUACACACACACACACACACACACAUAUACACACACAUAUACACACACACACACACACACACACACAUAUACACACACACACACACACACACACACACACACACACACACACACACACACACACACACACACACACACACACACACACAUAUUUUCUCUUCUCUUACUCUUUUCCCCUCUCCUCUCCUCUCAUCUCAUGCUCUCCCCCCCCCCCUCCCUCUCUCAUCUCCCUGCUCCUCUUCCUUCCUUUCCUCCUUCCUUCCUUCCCUCCUUCCUUCCUUCCUUCCCUCCUUCCUUCCUUCCUUCCCUCCAUAGACACUUGCUUGUGCAACACAACAUACACAGAGACAAUUUAUGUGCAACUGAGCACCUGCAUGUGAAUACAUACAAUAUAAAACUGAUGCCUUCUCUUAUAUCACCUUUUGUAUCUAUUCUAGAUAUUGUAUUGUAAACCAUUUAUCUACACAAAGCAGUGUAAUGUACUGUUCAUCUAUCGUGUACAUUGUAUUGUAAACAAUUUUCUACCCUCUACAGUGUAGUUAAAUUUGUUGACUUUGUUUUGUGUAAUGUGAAGUGUACAGAGUUUUGCUUGUAGACUUUUCUGCAGCAGAGUGGAGCCCUAUGCCAUGGGACAUUGUUGAUAUUAUAGCUUUUAAUUUUUGUUUUUUUUUAUAUUUUUUUCCGGUUCCAGUUUUAUUGUACGGUCAAGGAGCUAUGGUGCAAUCAAAUGUAUUUUUAAUGCCAUGGUAAAGUAGUGGAUUUAGGUAAGAUAGCCUUUAUUAUAUGCUCAGUUCCAUUCCCAUUCUUCUGUAAAAAAAAAAAAAAAAAAAAAAAAAAAAAUGAGUUUUUUAAAACUUUGUGGACUUUUUCUUUUGAAGAAGAAAAAAAGAUCAAAUGCACAAGCAGCCUUCAGUCACCCUUCUCUCAUUCUGAGUUUAACAUUUGUCUUGCAAGAUGGAAGUUUAAAGAUGUUAUUGAGAAAUAUUGCUGCAUUAAAACUGAAAUACUAUAAAGGAUUAAGUAUAUGAGAGAAAAAGAGAAAACAGUUAUUAUCAGUGUUUGCAGAAGUAGGUCUGGUUUAAAAAGAGAUAGAUAAAUAAAUAACAAUCAGUUUGCAAAGUGUCACCAUCACAAAACAUAAACAGAUAAUCCAAA